UUUGUUCGCCAGUUCUGCUUCUUUAUUCGUAGUGUUGUGCGCUGAAAAUUUGUCGGGCUUGAAUUCCAUAAGCCUGGCAAAAGGCAAAGGCUUUUAAGUUUCCAGGUCUACUAGAUCAAUAAGCGAGCACCGAAGAUCGAAGUCCUCGUUUUCGAAGAUCCUUACACAGAAAAAAGCUCAGCUCGAUCUCUCAGCUCGACGGAAAAACGGACUAUUUCGUCCACAACAAGGAACUAUCCAGCGAUCCACUAGCAGCGGUAAAAAACCAUGUACGCCCUGUCCCGCCCCCUGCACUACUCCCGCAACAGCGGAGAGUUUUUGCGGAUGCAGCGGCGCAUGCAGGGCGUGAAGUGGCGGCGGUGGUGGAACCGGGCGAACAACGAGCACUACAUCAAGGCGAAAAGGAAGAACCCCCUGAUGAAGGAGGAGUUUCUGGAAUUUUCGCGCGCCCCCUCGGUGCCGCACUUUCUGCGCGACAACAGAAUACCACAGAAGGUGGACCUCGCCUACCACAUGAACGUGAAGCAGGGCGACCUGGUGCAAGUGCUCUACGGCCGAGACAGCGGGCGGCAGGGGGUGGUCCGCAAGGUGAUGCGCAAGGAAAACUGCGUUCUGGUCCACGGGAUGAACAUGAAAAAGACCUUCCGGGUGAACACGGCGGUUGGGGAGACCCUGUGUACCACGGAGCUACCGAUUCACAUAACGAAUGUGGCGCCGGUGGAUCCCAUUCUCAAGAAGCCAACUAGGGUGAAGCGGAGGUGAAGAGGUGGUUGAAGUUCUUGUUGAGAAAAAAUUUUACCUAUGAGGCACGAUAAUUAUUUCCCUGCUUCUUUGUUUUACAAACAAAAUUACAUCAACACACACAUUUUAAUAAAAGGUACACCAUGCACGGCGAGUGCGUGCGUAUCUCAAAAGUGUCCGGUUGCGCGAUGCCGGACCCCGUGCCAAUAAUCCGGGAGGACCGCGAGGAGCUGCUGAAAAGGUUCGAAAACCAGUCCAGAGUGCACAAAAAGUACAAGGGAAUUACUUCGGUCAACAGUCCGGUGGUGCACAGCACGGAGCUAUUCUGAGGAAAAAUCCCCCCUCCCCAUAUCGGCAAGGCAUGUUUCCGAAAAUUUGUGUUGCUGAUUUGAGACCACAAAUCACGGCUGUCUUGCAAGAACACAAGUGCACAGGCUUCCAUGCCAUUAUGGAACCGAUUUGGCAUGCUGUUGGGCCUAGGGGACAGCCGUUUGCAAUGCUAAACAACUAGACCCAAACGCCCCGCCAUAGGCUGAGGAUCUGGCUGCGAUGCCGUAUUGCAAGACAGCGCGCAUUUGUGUACGCAAAUCCCGCAUCACAGAUUUCCACUUCGAUAUGGGGAGGGGGGAUUUUUCCUUUUGAUAGGAGCAGCAGCGGACGAUGGCCAAGCGGCACUACCAGAUGCUCGCACGUAUGGCCGCCACGCCAAACUUCUUGACCUCCGGGACAACUAGCUAUGUAUAGCUUUUUGUUUUUCACACUGCUUUGAGCUAGCUAGGUUGAGGCCGUCGUCGAUUUUCUGCACCGGACCGGGAAGCCGCGGACCAGAUCUACCAUCCCGGAGGCCUUCCUUCAGUACUCGCACCCUUGGCUGAGGUCGCAGCUGGGCUGAGCCUCCUGGAGGCGCUCAAGCAAUGCGCUUCCCAUACCUAGAGGGGGUACUGUUUCUGGUUCUUUACCAUUAUCCGGCUUGCCCGAAUGGGCAACGCCCAUUUGUCUAGUAGAGGCCUUGGCCUCAUCUCACAGAAGACUCCGAAAACUGGUCAAAAAAUGCUACGUUUUUGGACCAUUUUUGCCGGGCGUCGAUAACAUGACCCCGUAUUUAAGGCUUUCCGCACGGGAAUCUGGACUUUUCCGGAUUAUUUGCGGAAUCGAUAACAUAGCCCUGUUAUUUAGGCUCGUCGCACGGAAAUCUGGAUUUUUCAAGAAUUCGCCAUUUUUCGCGAAUUUCUGCGAAUUCCACAAAAGUCCAGAUUCCCGCGCGAAGAGCCCAAAUAACGGGGUCAUGUUAUCGAUUCCGCAAAAAUUACGCAAAAGUCCAGAUUCCCGUGCGGAAAGCCCAAAAUACGGGGUCAUGUUAUCGACGCCCAGCAAAAAUGCUCAAAAAACGUGGCAUUUUUUGACCUCGGCUGGCGGAGUCGAUAACAUGGAAGGUUCACUAGGAAGCAAGUUCUCAGAAAAACUCGCAAGUUUAUACCAUCGUGAUUCCUCUCGUAGUUAAACUAACCCAUAACCCCAUUCACAUUCUUCUGUUGAGCGUUCUUGGUUACAAACUGCCAAGUGAUUAUUGUGUUUGUGAUCAAGCUGAAGUGGUCAUAUAGAAGCAAAAAUCUGUUCAAUCUGACAGAUUAUCUGUGCCAUAAUUCUUGGAAAUCAAAUUUCUCUUGUCAGGUUGAAGUGGGCGUGUGAAGAAAGCUAUCAAUGCAAAAGUAUCGUACCAGUAGUAAUCGCAAUACAAAUUAGCUCAGCAUGACAAAUGGAAGCUGUGCUUUGUGCACCCCUCGGACCCCGCACCCCCCCGGGCUCAGUAGCGCAGUCUGUUAAGCAUGACAAAUGGAAGUUGUCACGCUGUUUUGCCUUGGGAUGGAGAUUUGUAAUGCAUGACUGCGAUUACUACGCGUACGAUACUUUUGCACAGGAUAAAAGCACCAGCUGCUCGACGUCCUUCCUAGUUGUAAUAGAUCGGCUCCACCUCGUCUUCCUCGUCCUCAAAACGGGUGGAUUUGAACACCUGCCGCUGCGUCUCCUGCUCCUUCCGAUACAGCAGAAACUCCUCCUCCCGCUGCCGAUUCAUCGCGUUCUGCUGCAACACCGUCGCUGCCGCCAGCAUCUCCUGCUCGGUCGUCAUGGGGUAGAGCGUAUCAAAUGCAAAACUGUCUGGGUCUGACUCUGGAAGGAUGCGAACUUGUAAUGCUGCCUUUCGAUUCUAAAAAAAUCUGUAUUGCAUGGGCAGAAACAGGAUUUUAUUAGCUGCUACGAGUAGGGGAUAUUUCUCAUGCGGUAUAGGCAUUAGGAAGCCCUCACAAAACGACCUGUCAGUGUCAUGCUACGGCAUCAUGCAUCACAGAUUUAUGAGUCACGCAAAAUGUGCAUGACAAAUCUUCCACUCAUCCAGACCCAGACAGAUUUGCAAUGCAUAGAGCGGUGGGUUUGGCAACUGCUGCUUGAUCUGCUGCCGGACCGACUUAUGGACAAGCGGCACUACCAGAUGCUCGCACGUAUGGCCGCCACGCCAAACUUCUUGACCUCAGGGUCCACGGCGCCAAGCCGAUUGAUGUGAACACGACUUCUCGCAUAGUUAAUGUUCUUAAAUUCGACGCUUCUAAUUAACAGGCACACUCAUUUUGAUGUACCUCGCAUUUGUAAGAGAAUUUCGCCGUGAAGCAAAAACAGCCGUGUUGAGUUUUUUUUUUCUUUGUGGAACUCUGUGUUCGAGAUCUUAGG